AUGCCUGUAGAUCCACCAGCUAGAAAUCAAGCAUUCAGUAACCGUCAAUUGGCUCAGCACAGGCAGUUUACAUUAGUGGCAGCUUCCAAUGCUGAGACUAUUCAAAGCAAUCCUUUGAACCCCCCACCUGGGCCCAGCCGUGCAGCUUUGGCUCAGAGGGCAAGGCAAGCAAGGGAGCGUGCAGAGAGGGAAGCAGCUGCUCAGGCAAUGCAAGCUCAGCAGCCUCCAAACAUAGCUCUGAUCCCAGAAGAAUUGCUGCCUGCCCCAUUGGACCUACCUCAAAUCCCAGAAAAUCAGCAAGUACCUGUGAACAUUGAGGAUAAUCAAGAAAACAUUAAUCAAGAACCUCCAGGCAAUAAUAUUGAACAAGGAGAUGUGCAUGCCCACCCACAGCCUAAUGAGCAGCCAUUACCACCAGCACAGCUAAAUGAGGCAGCCCAAGAGCGCACUGCAGCAAAAGAAAAACGUGAUCGUGUUGUUAGCCGGUUGUCUUGCACUGGGCAACAUGAUUUAGGGCCAAUGAAUGGGAAUACAAUUACUUUUGGAUCAUGCUGUCUCUCAGGGCAGAUUGUCCUCCCUCCCCCUAGAUGUCCACCAAGAGAGCUUUGGGAGCUUUAUACAGGGAGGCACCACCUCUCUCAAAACUUCCAAAAAAACAUUCAAGCUCUCAAUGCAGCAUUGGCAUUCACUUCAUUUGGUGCAACAAGUAUUGGUGAGGUGCCUGCAGGUCAAGGGCCUUAUAUCUUCAAAAUUGGGGGGGAGGUUCAUCACCUUUCUGGGGUGCUUGACAGGGCUCCAGAGGGUCAGCAGCCUCAAUAUGCCCAACUCUAUCUUUAUGAUCCACAUGAUGCUGCUAAUUUCCGUACAAGGAACCAGCAUAAUGCUGGAAUUGACCCAGGAUUGAUGCGCUUGCUCACUGGGGUGAUUCAUGAGUCACAUGGGUAUGCUGCUCUGUAUAAGCAAGCAUGGCAGAGGAUGCAAGAACAACCUGUUCAGACUGUGUCCAUUGUUCUUUGCCAGCAGCGGAACACUGACCCAAGGAGAUACAAUCUCCCAACCAGUGAUGAGAUUGCUCUGAUCUUGGCUGAUAAUGCUUUGAACCAGCAGCAUGAUAUUGUGCUGUUCAAGCAUGAUGGAGGCUUUCAAAGGAUGAGCUCAUGGAACCCUGCAUAUGCAUGUCUGCAUUAUGUUCUACUUUUUCCUAAGGGUGAACAUGGGUUCCAGAGACACAUACCCAUUCAAGGCCGGCAAUGGCAGCCUGGCUUGCACCCUCAAGCAGCUCAAAGAGUGGCUCAUUUGGAUGUAGAAGGGCAUGAGCCAGAUGAUGAUGAGGAGGAUAAUGGCCCAGCCAGCAAUCAACAGCAGAGAAGAAGUGUUGUAUCAGAAAGAGAGUAUUAUGCCUAUUAUCUGUUCAGCCGUGAGGAUCCAGAUGUUCAAACCCACUAUCCUGGUGCCAAUGGAACCUUUUCAACCAUCUUCCGGGCUGGACGUUUAUUCCAACAGUACCUGGUGGAUGUCUGGGCCAUUGCUGAUCAGAGUAGACUACUUUGGCUACGCAACAACCAAUCUUCACUCAGAGUGGAGUUGUACAGUGGCCUAUGUGAUGCACUCUUGAGUGAUAACCUCACACGUGGAGAACAGGUUGGCCGUUAUAUUCUCCCAUCUUCUUACUAUGGUGGCCCACGACAGAUGGCUGAGAGCUAUCAGGAUGCCAUGGCUAUAUCCCGCUACCUUGGUGGGCCACAGCUGUUCAUCACAAUGACAGCUAAUCCAAAGUGGCCAGAGAUACAUGGUGCUCUGCUGCCAGGUCAAACUUAUUCUGACAGGCCAGAUCUCAUUACCCGGGUCUUUGAGCUGAAACGCCGCCAGUUAAUGGAGGAUAUCACUCAAAAAGGGAUUUUUGGGAAAUGCAUUGCACAUGUUCACACCAUUGAAUUCCAGAAGAGAGGCCUGCCUCACAUGCACCUCUUAGUAUGGUUGGAGCGUGCAUCUCACAUCCUGGAGCCUGGUGAUGUAGAUGAGCUUAUUUGUGCUGAGCUUCCAAUUGCAGAAGGCCCAGGUGCAGACCCUGCCCUAUAUGCAGUAGUCACUUCUUCCAUGUUGCAUGGCCCAUGUGGUCCUGAUCAUUCUGAUGCUCCAUGCUGGGACAAAGACAAAAAGGCCUGUACAAAGGGUUAUUAUCCCUUGAAGCAAUGGAAUGCACAGACUAUUAUGGUUGCUGACUCAUACCCCCUCUACCGGCAUAGGGACAAUGGUCAAACUUUCAGAAAGGUUAUUAGUGGGGUUGAAAUUACCUUUGAUAAUAGACAUGUUGUUCCCUACAAUCCAUUCCUGUCCAAAAGGUACACUUGCCAUAUCAAUGUGGAGACAUGCUCUGGGAUUGGGGCAAUCAAAUAUGUCUUCAAGUAUGUGUACAAGGGGGGUGAUAGGAUAUCCAUAGAGCUCACUACAAAUGCUGAAGGGGAUGCACAGCAAGCUCAAAAUCUAGAUGAGAUCAGGACACAUCUGGAUGCACGCUGGGUAUCCCCCUAUGAAGCACUUUGGCGGCUUUUGAAGUUCUCCCUGCAUCAGGAGGUACCCAACAUUGUCCGUCUACAAGUCCAUCUCCCUGAGCAGCAAUCAGUUUCCUUCCGUGCAGGCCAGUUGAUUGAGAAUGUGAUUGCUGCAGCCAAGGACACUUCUCUCACUGCCUUCUUCAAGUUGAAUGCACAUGAAAAUCAAGAAGUCCGCAGAUUUGCAAAUGAGUUAGUCUAUCAAGAAAUUCCAAACAAGUUCACCUGGAAUAAGACCACUUGGAAGUUUUCUUUGCGGAGGUUUACACAGAACAAUGGGGUUGUCAGGUUCUCCACUGGGGCUAUUGGACGGAUGUAUUUUGUUCCACCAAACAGUGGGGAAAGAUUCUACCUUAGAACUCUUCUCACUGUGGUGCGUGGCCCCACUUCCUUUGAAAGCCUCCGUACCUUUGAAGGCCAAGUCUUUCCCACUUUCAAAGAGGCUUGCAUUGCACAAGGACUACUGGAGAGUGAUGAGGAGUGGGCCAGAUGUCUUGCAGAAGCUGCCCAGUAUAAAACUGGGAGGCAGCUGCGCCGCCUCUUUGUGGUCAUCUUAACUGCUUGCCAUCCUAUGGACCCAGGACAGCUAUGGAUUCAGUUCUGUGCUCAAAUCUGUGAUGACCUUAGAUACAAACUAAGUCAAGAGCCUUGGAACCGUCCACAUGCCUUGGAUGAAGAUGUUUAUGAUUUUGGUCUUUACCUGGUUGAAGUUUUAGUCCUUGAGACUGGAUCAAAUAUGCAGGAUGUCAAUAUGCCAACUUGCCAACAGAAUUGGGAUCAAAUCAACCAAGAACAAAACCGUCUCAUCCGGGAGCAGUAUGCAUUACGGGAUGCACAGCCUGAGGGGUUGGAGGAUCAGCUUCAACAACAGCUUAACAAUGAACAGCUUGCUGCCUUCAACCAAGUACUUGCCUCAGUUCAAAAUGAUCUUGGGGUCACAUUCUUCCUUGAUGGACCUGCAGGGACUGGCAAAACAUUCCUGUACCGGACCUUAUGCACUACUCUCCGUGCUCAAGGGAAAAUUGUGAUAUGUGUUGCAUCCUCUGGACUAGCUGCUCUGCUGCUUCCAGGAGGGAAGACAUCACAUUCUGUUUUCAAAAUCCCAAUUGAGAUCAAGGAGGACAGUACUUGCAAUAUCUCAAAGCGCUCAGAACUUGCUGCCCUUAUUGCACGUACAGAUUUAAUCAUCUGGGAUGAAGUACCUAUGCAGCAUAGAUUCUGUGCUGAGGCAUUUAACCGCACCUGCAAAGACAUUGCAAAUCAUCCAGACAAGCCAUUUGGAGGUAUCACUGUGGUUUUUGGAGGAGACUUCCGCCAAACCUUACCUGUCAUCCCUAAGGGAACACCAGAGCAGAUUGUUGCAGCAUGCCUCAAAGAGUCACCACUUUGGGCUGGCAUGGAGAAGAUGAGGCUCACCCGUAAUAUGCGCCUACAGCAUGGGGAUGCAGAGAUGGCUGAGUUUGCCACUUGGCUUUUAGGAAUUGGUGAAGGCCUUCAAAUUCCCCAGGGGACCACCUCAUCUGAAACUGCAUUCAAGCAGUCCAUGUUAGUGGAAAGCAGAGACAACUUAAUUAACAAGAUCUAUGGGAACCUUGAUCAACUCCCUCAGCUAAAUGAUGAAUACUUCCGUAGUCGCACUAUCCUUACACCUCGGAAUGAUGAUGUUUUGAUCCUGAACAAGAUAAUUCUCAGAAAAUUUCCAGGGGAAAUGCAGAUCUUCCACAGUGCUGACAAGGUCAUUUAUGAGGCUGGAGUGGAUGAUGAGAGGCUUGGGACAUUGUCAACAGAGUACCUCAACUCCUUGAACUCUGGAAGUAUUCCACUCUCAGAUCUGGAACUCAAAGAAGGCUGUCCUGUUAUGAUACUACGCAACUUAGCCCGUUCACAAGGUGUCUGCAAUGGAACCCGUGGCAUUGUAACCCGCAUAGGAUCACGUGUUUUGGAGCUCCGGUUACUCACAGGCUCUGAAGCAGGGAACACUGUAUUCAUUCCAAGGAUCUCUCUAACUCCCCCAGAGACUGAGUUUGGCUUCCAACUUUCCAGGCGCCAAUUUCCAGUUUGA